AUGCUGCAUUUUGUCAAAUGCAUGAAAGAUGUUCUCCGAGGUCUCUUCUACCUGCGCUUGGCUGGGUAUGUCCAUCGUGACAUCAGCCCUGGAAACACCCUGUUCCACGUCGAUCUGAAGCAAGGCAAAGUGUCCGAUGUAGACUUCGGAAAGCAUGAAUCAAGUUGUACGGUUCAUGAUCCCAUCACGGGAACAAAGGACUUUAUGGCCGUCGAAUAUGCCAGGGGCACAUAUCUAUACACCUUCGAAGACUCACCUUACCCCUGGACUGGUUCCUUUGCGACAUUGCCGCUCUCAGUAGACGUUGACACACGUGUCAUCUUCAACUACUACCAUGAUGUGGAGUCCGUAGCAUGGAUCUAUCUAUGGUUUCUCUAUCAUUGUUUUCCGUCGCCCAUCUACGGGGUAUUGACGCCGAACAAGCAGGCUGAGCUAUGUAAGCUUUACGAGGGAUGGGAGUACUUUCAGGAUAAAGUGGACCAGAGGGUGGACAUCAUUGACAGGCACUUGAUGUGGACACUCGUGAGAAAUCUUCGGAGUAUCUAUGAAGAGUAUGAAGACUUCGUAACUCCGCUUGCAUUGUUUCUGGACCUCAAACAAGCGUACCAAAAACUUGAGAAGGAACCUCAGCAACCUCGUACACAGGAUUCUUGUUUCCAUUGGCCGAGAUCCCUGUUUUCCCUCGAAUUAUACGAAAUCUACAUUGCUCGUUUCUAG